GUGGAGGCGGGAAUCGAACCCCGACCCUGGAGGUGUGAGGCAAACGUGCUAACCACUAAGCCACCGUGCCCCCCACUAUUGUAUUAAAGCUAUUGGCCCGGAACGUUCCGGGUGAUGUUUGUUUCCACUCCGGGCAUGUUUGAAUGUAUCACGGCGCAGAAAUAAAAUAACAUUGACCUUUUGUAGCCAUGUAUCUUUGUAUAUCAAGCUUCUUUCGAGCAAAUGGAAGGAUAUGCUUCACAAACCAAUCAUGCACCAGAAGACUGUCAAAGGCCAUAGAAAUGAAGUGUCCUGAUUUCAGCUCAGCCUUAGGACUGAAGUACCUGAGACACAGUCUACAGCGCAUACGCACACAUCAGGCAGUGUUACACCAGUGCAUAAGCUCAAGCGUAUGCAGAAGAAGUCUGCCAAGUGCAUUUCCAGUAGUAGAUGGUGCAUUUCAGCUUAUUCACAGACAUGUAUUUGAAGCAAAUUUACAGUACAGCCAGGCAUGUCAGCAAAGGUAUCUAGAGCUUAAGGAGAAAGUGUUAAAGGCAGGUGGGGAAAACGCCAUUGCACGACAUACACAACGAAACAAGAAGGUUCUUGUCAGAGACAGGCUGCGCAUGCUGUUGGAUGAUGAUGAUUUCCUAGAACUGUCUCCUUUUGCUGGACUGGGUUUACCUUAUGGGGACAUCCCAUCUGCUGGCUGUCUCACAGGUAUUGGUAAAAUAAAUGGGCUGUGGUGUGUGUUCACCGCUAAUGAUGCCACAGUAAAAGGGGGCACAGCUUACCCUAUUACAGUAAAGAAACAGCUUCGGGCCCAGGAAGUGGCCAUACAGAAUCGGCUCCCCUGUGUGUACUUAGUUGAUAGUGGGGGUGCAUUUUUACCUCUUCAGUCAGAUAUAUUUCCUGAUAAGAACCACGGUGGACGUGUAUUUUACAACGAAGCUAUAAUGUCAGCAAUGAAGAUUCCACAGGUGGCAGUGGUCUGUGGGUCAUGCACUGCUGGUGGAGCCUAUGUCCCUACUAUGGCAGAGGAAGCGAUCAUUGUGCACAGGAUAGGGACCAUAUUUUUAGGUGGCCCUCCUCUUGUUAAAGCUGCUACAGGUGAAGAAGUGACGCCUGAGGAUCUUGGAGGGGCCAAGUUACACUCAGAGGUGAGUGGCUGCGUUGAUCAUUUUGCUGCUGUGGAACAUGAGGCAUACGAGUGUACCAGGAACAUAAUCUCCACACUAAACUUCAAACUACCCGUAGAGGACUGUGCUGAGUUUGAGGAGCCCCUGUAUAAUCCUGAGGAGCUUAUGGGCCUUGCACCAAGGAGCUACAAUUUUAGCAUGGAUGUCAAACUGAUUGUGAGUCGGCUGACUGAUGGCAGUCGUUUUCAGGAGUUUAAGUCUCGCUAUGGAACCACUCUUGUGACUGGAUUUGCCAAAAUUGAAGGACAUUUGGUUGGCAUUGUCGCCAGUAAUGGCAAGCUAACAUAUGAAGCCUGUCUGAAAGGAAGCCAUUUUGUACAGCUCUGUGAGCAGAGAGACAUUCCUCUCAUCUUCCUCCAGAACACAGCCCCCGAGUCUUUGCACACACUUUCUCAAGAUAAGGCAGAGUCCAACACAAUGAUACUCAAAGCUCAGGGAUCCAUGAUGUCUGCUGUGGCCUGUGCAUCUAUUCCUAAGAUCACAGUGGUCAUCGGAGGCUGCCACGGUGGUGACAGCUAUGUCAUGUGUGGACGGGCUUUUGACCCCAACUUCCUGUUUUUGUGGCCCAAUGCUAGAGUUUCCAUUUUAACUCCAGGCCAUGCUGGUGGUUUGGUGCAGGAUGAAGAGGAGGCCAUGCACAUUAAUGAGCAGCUAAUAGAAGAGAGCUCAGCAUUCUUUUCAUCAGGCAGACUGUGGGACGAUGGAGUGAUUCUUCCAAAAGACACAAGGAAGGUGCUGGCGAAAUGUUUAAAAAUCAUCAAGCAACAGGAGUACCAGCUGUCUCGAGGAAAGCCAAAAUCUAUCCCUCUUCGAAUGUAACAUCUGAAAUGAGUUCACUAAAAUGUUUAGGCUACUUGAAAACCAACCAUCCAGGAGUCAUGUUUUUGAUAGAUUUCUAUGUGAAAAUCAAGUGCUCAACACUCAGUAUUUGAAAGACUAUGCCAAUAAAAACGUUUUCAUGGUAUGUACUUUUAGUAUGAGCACUUUCAUACUAAUUACAUUGAUUUUUCUCUUUAAUAUUUAGAGGGAAAUUUGACUGCGCUCCAUGUUUAGGUUGAAGGCAUUAUUAUGGUUCAUGUAUAUUAAGGAUAUUCACUUUCUUCUCUUUAAAUGUAAUUUUAUUUUGUGUGACUAACACUAAAAACUCAGAUCAUUCGGAAGCGGAGUCUAUAAAAUAGUUUUUAGUGACUAUUGUACAUAUGAUCCUAAUGAGAAGGGAUAGUUUUUGGAUAGUUAAAAGAUCAUUGACUUACUAAAGUGGUUUAAUUGAACCCUUUUGUUGAUUGGGAAUUAUUCAGUAGUGUCUUUCUACAGAGAGUUUACUAGUUUUCAAAACUCAGGACAACAAAGUCUGAGUUGCAAUUACUAAUAUUGCUUCAUGAUUUUUUCUGUACACAAAUAUUACAAUUUCUCCUGUGGAUGUGAAUAAAAUGCAGGAAAAGGCUGUUAAAUAAAAUUCUGGUUUUAAUAAAGUUAACAAAUGUUA